GUGGCGCGGGGGCGCGCAGCGGCGGCAGCAGCAGCGCCAUGUCGAUGGAGGACCCCUUCUUCGUGGUGAAGGGGGAGGUGCAGAAAGCUGUGAAUACUGCCCAGGGGCUUUUCCAGAGGUGGACAGAGCUCUUGCAAGAUCCCUCCAUUGCCACAAGAGAAGAAAUCGAUUGGACCACUAAUGAGCUCAGGAACAACCUGCGGAGCAUCGAGUGGGACCUGGAAGACUUGGAUGAAACAAUUAGCAUUGUUGAGGCAAACCCACGGAAAUUCAACCUCGAUGCGACGGAGCUGGGUAUCAGGAAAGCCUUCAUCACAAGCACGCGGCAGGUGGUCAGGGAAAUGAAGGACCAGAUGUCAAACUCCUCCAUGCAAGCACUGGCUGAAAGAAAAAACAGGCAGGCACUCCUGGGAGAAAGUGGGAGUCAGAGUUGGAGCACUGGACCUGACAAACACAGCCGUCUGGACCGGGACCUGCAAUUAGCAAAUUCACACUUCAUUGAAGAGCAGCAAGCUCAACAACAGUUGAUUGUGGAGCAGCAAGAUGAGCAGUUGGAGCUGGUCUCUGGCAGCAUUGGAGUGCUGAAGAACAUGUCUCAGCGCAUUGGUGGGGAGCUGGAGGAGCAAGCAGUGAUGCUGGAUGACUUCUCCCACGAAUUAGACAGCACUCAGUCGCGGCUUGAUAACGUCAUGAAGAAGCUUGCCAAAGUGUCUCACAUGACAAGUGAUCGACGGCAGUGGUGUGCAAUUGUGGUCCUCUUCAUCAUCCUGCUGGUGGUGCUCAUCCUGCUUUUUGUGCUGUGAGGGACUGAACUUCCUCGGAUGCCCCCUCCCUGUCCCCUCGUCCCGGUGUCAUGGGGAAAUGAAACUCUCACCAUUUCCGUCCGCACACAGAGAAACCUGCCCCCGGCUCUCAACAUUCUCCUCUGAGGACCGUGGUUCAGCUCUGCUGGUGUCUCACUGGGACCUGGGGAGAGGGGGUGCAGGACUGGAGCUGCCUCCUCCCCCAGUGCAGUGUGAUCCGGACCUGACCUCCAGGUCUGGACCCAGGCAGCUGGAGGGGGACUUGACCCCUUACCCUUCCACCUCGUGCAGGUAGGAGCCAGUUGCAGCGAUCCCAAUCUGCCUGCAGUGAGAUGUGGACACAGAGCAGCUAGCCUUGGGGAGGACAGGACUGGGGAGGAAUUAAUUGAUUCACUGAGUAUUACAAACCGCAUUGCCAGCCUCCAGUGCUUGCCAGCCAAAGGCAUUACUGGGAGGAGUGAUGGUGUGGAAGUCCAUGCAGCCCCGGUGAGGGAGGGGAGCCCCGGCUGAACUUCCGCUGCCUUCCUCCCAUGGGCUGGCUCCGUGCUGCUGACUUACUGCCGAGGUACCACAGUGAGUCUCCAGCUGAGCUCACAUCCACCACCGCUUGGCAGAAGCUUGCAUGCAGGUGAGCCCUAGGGUGUCAUGUCCUGUCCUGUCCUGCCAUUGGCUGGCUGGGUGCGAUGAGAAACCCCAGAGCUUUAAACUUGGGUUGCUGCACGCUGAAAGCUGGCAAGCAACCGUUAGCCAGAGAGUGAAUUUCUUAAAGCUUUUAAAAUUGCCUCCUUCGUUAUACAAGCCUCUAAAGCUCAUUGACUGAUGCUUUCUUUGCCCUUGUAUAACUGAGUAACUGCUUCUGUUUAACAGCUGCUUCCCUUUGGCAAGUGAUUUGUCAGGUCUAAAAUAACUUAUUUUUUUAAGGAAAAAAAAAGGAACUUUGAAGAUGUUUUUGAUGACCGUUCAAGCCCAUUCUCUCUGUGGGUGCACAACAUGCAUUGUCAGAGGAAUGAGGCUCCAUUAUGUACUUUAAGUGCAUAUGAACUUGUAAAUAGGAUGUCUUAAUUUUCCCAACUGCUAUUUUUUUGACACCUCCAUUGUGAGCAACUAAAAGGCAGGAGAUUUAAAGCUAGGUCACAUUCCUGUAUUACUUCCCAGUUCUGUUACCUUUGAGUUGUCUCAGCAGUGUUGGAUAGUCUAGUUGUCUCCCUUGUACAGUGAAUUAAAAGUCAGCCAGGUGGUUGAUACCAACAUGUGGUGAAUAAAGCUCACCCUGGCAGUAUCACAGGGGAGAAACGCAGCCGGGGGUUAUGCUGCUAACACCAAUUGCAGGAUAUGGGGUGACUCUUCAGAAAAACAAAAGCGAUUGCUUACUAAAGUCUUACUCCCAUAUUUAAGUUGCAAACACCAAAAGACUCAGGCGAGGCUGGCUUUAUACCUCUCAUCUGGCUCUCAGAUGGAGCUGGGGGAGGAAGUUAGUUGGUGCUGAUGCUAAUACUUCUGCUGAAAUUGCAACUCAACCCUGGAAAUCAUCCUCCCAGAGUGGUAAGCUCACCACCAGACAGCUUUACCUCUGGGAUGCUUAGCCUGGACUGAACACUUCUCCCCACUGGGAUUGUGGCUCCCUUCCAGCAGUACUGUGCCUUCCACAGCCACCAAACUGGGAUAAGAGGGUCUGAGACAGAGCUGCCCUACUGCACACCUGGGUGGGUGCUUUCCUCAUCAAUGCACAUGUGCCCUGAGCAGCAGCCCGCACUAAUGGUUUCAGCAGUUGCUCUUUGUCCUUGGGAGAAACCUCAUUUCUUUUGGUGUCGUUGCAAGAAAUAUGUGGUGUCUCAUUUCCAGGGCUGCCUGUAACAGCAUCUGCAUGGCUCCUUGGGCUUAAUACCUCUCCAAGAGCAGGUUCCCAGGAGUGUGAGUCUAACCAGAGAGUGCGGAUCGCUGUUGGCCAGUAUUUGCACACCUUUGAUGUUAUUUUCAGCAUGGUUUUGCAUCCUCCAGGAACAACUGAUGCUCCAUGCAGGACCGCGCCUUCUUUAGUCUGGCGCAGUGCUGGAGGAAGGCCCAGCUACUGCUGUUGCCAUGAGCCACCGAACAGCCUUCAGUCCCUUUUCUGUGUACAUUAGCUUUUUCUGUUGUUGGUGGUGCUGCUCCCUUUAACACUAAAUAAACGCACUGCUGCUGUACCACACUGGGCAGUGGCAAAGGUCAUCAUC